AGCUCAUGGGACUGGGCCAGCUCCUCCCGAUGGCUCUGUAAUCCCUUUCUCUGUGUUCACAGGGUAUCAGUGUGGGAGUCCUGCCAUUUUAUCGCAGAUUGACCCAGGGGAAGAGCCAGGCCUCUCGGAUCAGCUGGAUCUGAAAGGAAAAGAAUCACCUGCGUAUGCUCUCGGGGUCCGGCUCAAGGUGGAGAGGCAUGACGAAGGGUAUGAUGUAAGCCUGGGACAAGGCAGUAUAUUACCCGGGGACUGUAGGGAGCAGGCCUUGCAGGUGUCCGGCGAGGAAGAAGACUGCCCAAGUGAGAGCAGUGUCUCCAAGCAGAACAGGAGGCUGCCCACCAUGUUAGCUCUGUCCAGCCUGAGCCACAAGACGUCCGCUACAAUCCCAAAUCCCUCGGAGCGGGACAAGAAGAAAAGGAGCCAACGUGAGAAGCACUUCGCAAAGCAUGCAGAUCCGGACUGUCACCAGCUCACACAUGCAGAGAGGACCCGUGUGUGUGCUGAAUAUGGGAAAUGCUUUGCUCAAAAGCGAGACCUGGCAAUGCGCCUGAGAGUCCACACAGGGGAGAAGCGGUUUAAAUGCACCAAGUGCGAGAAGUGCUUCGUUCAGAAGCAACAGCUGCUCAGGCACCAGGAGACCCACAUAACCAAGCCACCGUGCCUGUGCAGAGAAUGCGGGAGACGUUUUCAAGCCAUUCGUGAUCUUCAGCGUCACCAGGUCACUCAUGCAAGAAAAACGCCGGUCUCGGUGAUCAUGGUUCCAAAGUUCACUUUUCCUGUUGUGCGUUACAAUAAAACAAGCCAGGAGGCUUAAUCCGCUGGGCCACAAGUUGCACAGAAAGAACAAAAAUCUGACAUUUCAUUGCACGUGGGGAAAACUUGCCCGGACAAAUGAAAACAUAUUGUGCACCCAAGUUAGGAACAGCAUCCAAAAAGUGUAAGACAUAUUCCCCCACCCAUCUGAUGCGAUGGACACUUUAAGGCUCAUUGUUCAGUUCACCCUUAAUAAAACCACCGUACAUCAGCACAUAGGACUUGAAUGGAACUAUUGAAAGGGUGGUUUUACUCUGAAGAGUAAGAAUAGCACGUUCUUGCUCAACACAUCUGCUGGCUGUGUGUGUUUAAGUUUUGUCCCUGUGAAAAUGACUUGAACUUAAAGAAUUCUGUUGAUGAUUCCUAGAUUCCAAGGCCAGAAGGGACCAUUGCAACCAUCUAGUCUGACCUCCUGGAUAACACGGGCCAUAGAAAAUCCCCACAAUGAUUCCCGCUGAUGUCCAAGAAGGUUUAGAAUCCAGCUCUCUCCCCCUUAGCUGGUCUAGCUCUGGAGAACUAAAAGGAGUCAAAGUAGUGGCCAUCUUUGUCGUUAAAGUCGGUGGAGAGGACUGUGAAAACGUGUGUGCGCACACACAGAUCUGUCACUUAGGAAAGUCUCCAGGAACCUCUAGGGUGGCUCAGUGCUUCAGCUGUCUUCUGGUAGAGGUGAGAUGACACAACAUGUGCUGAGGUGUUAGAGCUGAUGGAGUCACCAGGCUUCGCAGGAUCUCCAGGCAAUUUUUAAAAAAGUCGAGGAGCACUGAAGAGCAAUUCCUAAUGAGAGGGUGAGCUUUCUGCUGCUAAGUUUAAAUCUCGCUGGGGUUGAUAGUGAUGGAAAGUGGCCCAUGAGAAAUGAAUAUGCUGGGUCUCAGCCAUUUUAUCAGUAGACAGCUCUCCAUGUACCCUUCCUAAAUUGACCCUUUCCUGGCAUUCCCAGCAGAGAGGCUGAGGUUUGAAUGAGUUGUGCAGAAUUACCGGUCCUGCCUGCUAGAACUGGACUUCCCCAGAUCAAGAGCACGGUUUGGGUUGCUUGCACCACGCUGUCUAUGUACAUGCUCUGGGGAUAGAGGAAGCCUGUCUCCUGGGCUGUCACCUUUCUCCAGCACCAUGCUGACACACAGAAACAUUCAGACACUUUUUAAAAAAAUCUAGUCUGAAGUUUGUGUGCCUGAUGCUUCUCUGAGCCAGGCUAGGGCUUGAUUUUCCUGUCCUUGCACCUCCUUGUCUGUGGGAGCUUGGAAGGCCCAAGAACGGCUGGCAUCAGCGGAGGCGUUGGACGUGUGCUGCAGACUUCACUUGGAACGCAUAAUAAUCGUUCGCUGGUGUGAGUAGCAAUGGCAGAAACCAAUGUCUCUCUCUAGUGGUGAGCGAAGGGCUUUAUUGCAUUGUUGUCGCGUGUGGUAGAACCGUACAGCAGUUAGGGAUGUAAAAUGUUAACCAAUCAGUAUUAGUCUUACCGUUAAUAGAUUCCAGUUAACGUUUAAAACAGAUUGGUAAAAUAAUUUUGUGACAUUGUAAUAGCUAACGUGCACAUCAAAAAUGUCACAGCAAUACCCAGGGGAUGCGGGAGCUUGCAGCGCUUUUGCAGCUCGGGGUGCCGCUGGAUCAGCCUGUGCCCGGCAGAGAGGGCACCGCUGGGGGCAGCCCAGCAGCCCCCCCCAGCUCUGCUUCUCUUGCAGCUGGCUGCAGCGGUGGGUCUGCCCGGGAACCACUGGAUCUGCUGGAACACUUGGAUCUGCCCUGGCACCACUGCUCUCCCGGCAGUAAUCUGCCGAACUAGCCGCACUCAGCAGUGCCUAGAAACUGGGAGAGCGAGAGGUGGCAGCGCCCAGCCGUGCACAUGCAAACCGUCCCCCAGCCCACUGCACUCCAUCUCCGAGGAGAGACGGCAGGGUGGGUCCACCCACGCCAGGGGUAGAUUGUGAACUGGUGAACGAUUAAACGGUUAACGAUAUCAUUUUAAUAGUUUAAACAGGUACUUCCUUAAGCGAUAGUUACAUCCCUACCAGCAAUACCUGUGAAUCCUUUGUAAUCUCAUGGACUGUGUGCAGGGUGUUUGGAGCAAUAAAA